AAAGAAGGCAAGAAUCAGUUAGUUUCUUCGUUUUAGACAACAAGAAUUUGUAAACUAACACAAAAACAUUGAAACAAUGAUCUUAACAAUGAAACUUGUUCACCCUCUCCAUCACUCUCUGUCUUCCUCCGUUCCUUUUCCAUCAAGAAAAAGUCAAUCCAAACCGUACCGGUGCUCGUUACCUUCUCCCGGCUGCGAAAAGGUCAUCAGACCAGAGACUGUCAUUUCUCCGGCGCCUGUGAGCUUCGAAGGGAGAAGGGUUUUACUUGGAUGUCUCCUCGCUACCGCGUCUGGGAUUUUGUCAACUGAUUCAGCCGAGGCCGUAAGCACCAGCAGAAGAGCUCUUCGUGCAUCCAAGUUACCGGAAAGCGAAUUCACGACUCUCCCUAAUGGUCUCAAGUACUAUGAUAUAAAAGUUGGCAACGGAGCAGAGGCUGUGAAAGGAUCGCGGGUCGCAGUUCACUAUGUUGCAAAAUGGAAAGGGAUAACGUUCAUGACAAGUCGACAAGGACUUGGCGUUGGAGGCGGAACGCCUUAUGGGUUUGACGUUGGGCAAUCAGAGAGAGGCAAUGUUCUGAAAGGACUUGAUCUUGGUGUUGAAGGGAUGCGUGUAGGUGGUCAGAGACUGGUGAUUGUUCCUCCUGAGCUGGCUUAUGGGAAGAAAGGAGUGCAAGAGAUUCCUCCAAAUGCAACGAUAGAGCUUGACAUUGAGCUGUUAUCAAUCAAACAGAGUCCUUUCGGGACGCCAGUGAAGAUCGUUGAAGGCUAAAAGGACUAAUGAAGCCAAAAUUGUACCAAGAUUUUCUGUGUACACUCCCCCCAAUGUCAACACAUCAGUAAAAGUAUAAAACUGAUCAAAGCUA